AUGAGUCGAGAUAACACGCAUCUAUCUGGUGCCGAGUAUCUAGCUUCGAUUUAUGGAACGGAAAAAGACAAGGUAAAUUGUUCGUUCUUCUUCAAAAUUGGUGCUUGUCGACAUGGGGAUAACUGCUCUCGAACACAUAUCAAGCCGACGUUCUCGCAAUCGGUCAUCAUCAAGAACUUUUAUCACAAUCCUGUCAUUGAUAUGCGCCAGGCUGAUGCUUUCUCAAAGGUUGGACAAAAGAAUCGUCUCGAGCAGGAUUUUUUUGAAGAGUUCUUUGAGGAAGUUUUUAGCGAAAUCAACGAAAAGUAUGGCGAAAUUGAAGAGAUGAACGUUUGCGAUAACAUUGGAGAGCACAUGAUUGGCAACGUUUACAUCAAGUUUUAUCGAGAAGAAGAUGCGGAAAAGUGUGUUCGCGGGCUCGAAGAUAGAUGGUUCAAUGGUGAUGCUAUCUACUGUGAUCUUAGUCCUGUUACGGACUUUAGAGAGGCCAGCUGCAGGCAAUAUGAGCUUGGAGGUUGUACCAAGGGAGCUUUUUGCAACUUUAUGCACUUGAAGCCAAUUUCUCAAGAACUACGCAGAAAGCUUUAUGGUCGAAGAGCCCCACGAACUCGCCCACCACCAAGAGGACGAGAACGGGAUGACGGUGGAUACAACGAUCGCGGUUAUGGAGGAGGAGGAGGAGGAGGAGGCGGCGGCGGAGGCUAUGGUGGUGGUGGCGGAGGUGGCGGAGGUUACGGUGGUGGUGGUGGAGGUGGACGUCGUCGAGAGCGCUCUCCUUAUCGC